AUGCUGCAAAUACAAUCGAAGCGUUUCUAUUUGGACGUGAAGCAGAACCGCCGUGGGCGCUUUAUCAAAAUUGCAGAGGUAUCUUGUCUUUCACAAUUGGUUUAUCGUACUCUACUUACUUACAUUCAUAAAACUGAUAACGGUGUUUUAAAAUCUGAGAUCAUGGUGCAAGAAAACAGGCGCUACUAUUUAGACCUUAAAGAGAACAAUAGGGGAAAAUUCUUACGGGUGAGCGCUUUCAUUUCUUAUGUCUUCGACUAUAUAAUUCAUUUACCUCUUGCCGAUUAUCUGAAAUAUUUCUGA